AUGAAAAUUAUAUAUGAAUUUAAAAAAGAAUAUUAUGAAAUUAUAUUAAAUGAAAAUAAUGCUGACGAUAAUGUAAUUGAUUUGUUUGAAAAAAAUAUUAAUAAAUGUAAUAUCGAAAUAAAACCCAAUGAUGAUAUAAAUUCAGACUUUCUUGAUUUUGAUCAAUUUAAGAUGUUGAAUAUUGAAAAAAAAAAUGAGGAUAAAGAAGAUGCAGAUAGUAUAAAAGAUUUUCUAGAUAAAGAGCCAUAUAACAAUUUUAUUGAUAAAUUAAACGAUAAUUUAUAUAAUGAAUCAUGUUAUAAAACAGACGAUGAAAUAUGUAAUCAAAUAAAUAAUCCAUUUGAUAAUACAUAUAGCAAUGAAUUAGUUAUAAAAUAUAAAGAAUAUUUUGAAGAGAAUUCUUUUAUUGUAAAAAAGGGAGAUAUUUAUGGAGCUGAUUUCUUAUUAUAUAUAACAGAACAGAAAUAUGCGCAUUCAUUGUAUGCUGUUUAUAUUAUAUAUAAGCAUUACAUAUUAAGAGAUCUCAUUAGAAUAUUACGAGUAUCACAUCAUAUAAAAAAAAAGGUUAUUUUGAUAUUGUGGAAUGAUUUAAAUUGUUUUAAUAUUUCUGAUACUCUUGUAUAUAUCAAAUCAUAUAAAUAUAAAUAA